UGUAAUUGUUAUGAGCUCCAGAACAUGGGCUUCAAUCCAGCUUGUUCCACCAGCUCCUGGGCUCCUGCCAAGGAUUAAGUUUUAUUCCAAUCCAAACCCACCCUGGAUAAGUUGGCAGGACCUCAAAGAAGCUCUUGCUCGCUGUCUCUCCAACCACUGCCACUAUUCCGAUCACCUCCGGCGUCUCCACGCCCGAAUAAUUUAUUCCGGCCUUGGUCAUAAUCUUUAUCUGUCCAGUCUUUUGAUCACCAAAUACUUCUCUUUCGGUGACGUCCAUGCUGCUCGUCUAGUCUUCAAUUCCCACAAGGAGAGGCCUACCAAAACUCUUCUCUGGAACUCUCUCAUCAGAGGCUACUUGAGAGGCGGAUGGCCUCGGCUGGCAUUGGACGUGUACCGCGAAAUGGUGACGCCGUCGUGUACGAAAUGCGAGCCGGACGGGCAAACGUUUCACCUCGUUAUCACGGCGUGCGCCCGUCUCUCGGAGUUCGAGUUGGGUUACCGAGUUGGUGGCCUCGCUCGAGCUAAAGGGCUCGAGGCUGAUCUCCUUGUUGGGACGGCGCUCGUUGGUGUGUACUCUAAAGCUGGUGACCUUGAAACUGCGCGCAAGUUGUUUGAUAAAAUGGCUGUUAGAGAUGUGGUCUCCUGGAAUGCCAUGAUCUCGGGGUAUUCACAGGCUGGAUUUCUAUUUGAGGCUAUGAGUUUGUUCAAAGACAUGAGGUUCGUCCACGGGAUUCCACCAACGGAGGCUACUUUUGUGAGUUUGAUAUCUUGUUGCGCGAGUUCUGGUUCUGUUAAUAAUGGAGAGGCUGUCUGUUCUCAUGUCACUAAGAUAGGCUUCGAGGACAAUCAAUCUGUUAGGAAUUCUCUGAUGGAAAUGUAUAUCCAGUGUGACAGCUUGGAUGUGGCAGCUGAUUUGUUUCAAAGAAUGGUAUCGAAGGAUUCCAUCUCGUGGAGUACGAUGGUUGGUGGAUACGUUCAGCAUGAGCAGCCCUCUGAGGCCCUCAAUAUAUUCCAGUCAAUGGUGUUAAAUACUGACAUUCAGCCCACCAGGUCUAUCUUGAUUAAUGUGCUGCAUGCUUGUGCUGAGUUGGGUGAUUGGAAACAAGGCAGAUGGAUUGAAGAGAAGUACGUAGCCAGUGGUAGUAGUGAAUUUGAAACAGAUUCAUUAGUCAUCACUGAACUCAUUUACAUGUAUACAAAGUGUGGAAAGAUGGAGAUUGCGCUGAACUAUUUGGAUAGAUCUGUGCAAGUAAGAGGGGAUGUGAUUGCAUGGAAUGCUGUAAUCAAAGCCUGUUCAGAGCUUGGAGAGGUAGAUAGAGCAUUUGAGCUCGCACUCGAAAUGCAAAGGAGAGGCAUUAAUCCAGACACAGCUACCUUGUUGGUGUUGCUUUCUGUAAUCUCUCUAAUUCCAUCCUUAAUUAAAGGAAUAGAAAUACAUGCGCAUGUUAUUAAAAGAGGUUUUGAGAUGGAGAGAUCCAUAGAAAAUUCCCUCAUUGACAUGUAUGGAAAAUGUGGAAUCAUUGGGGAUUCCAGGGAGGUCUUUAAUGGAAUUAUAAGAAAGGAUGUGGUUUCAUGGAGUUCGAUUAUAAAAGCAUAUGCAUGGAAUGGAAAUGUAGAGGAGGCUCUCAAUCUUUUUGAGAAGAUGAGAGAAGAUGAAAUAAAACCCAACCAUUUCACAUUUCUUGCCAUAUUGUCCGCCUGUAGCCAUGCAGGUCUUGUGGAGAAAGGGUGGGAAAUGUUCAAAUGCAUGAAAGAGAAGUAUUUCUUGGAGCCAGAUGUUGAACAUCUCACGUGCAUGGUUGAUAUGUUUUGUCGAGCUGCCCAUUUGCAUGAUGCAUACCAUUUGCUACAGGAUUGGAUGCCUAAGGUUUGCACAAGUGCUGUUUUAUGGAGCACUUUGCUUAGUUCUUGCAGACUGUAUGGUGAUGCGGCAAUUGGAGAAGCAGCAGCUAUGCAUCUGUUCUACUUGGAGCCCAAAAAUGCAGCCAAUUACUUGAUGCUCGCUGUUAUUUAUAUUUCAGCAGGGAGGAGAGAGGAUGCCAAUGGUGUUUUGAGAAUGUUGAGAGCAAAAGGAUUGGGAAGCAGACCAGGUUGCAGUUGGGUUGAGGGGGGCUAGACUUGUUCUAUGUCUGCAUGUGUGCAAAGAAAGAACAUAACAAGAUAUCUAGGCAUGAGAUUGAAAAUUGAAUGUUUGGUGAAAAGGAAUGUCUUCCCUGUUAGGGAACAAGUUGAAUUUUGAAGUGUUAGAGCCAUUGAGUAUGGAAUUCAGCAAAGGAAAGCAUACUGCAGCAUGAGAAACAUCAAGAACAGGGUCCCCUAGCAAUCAAAACCUCUAGCAGAUAUGCAACUAGGAUCUUGUGGUCCGACUCACUGUUAUUUAUGACAUGUCUGUUGGCAUGAAGCCACUCAGAGAUACGCUGCAUAUUUGACUAUAGUUAAGCGUAUAUUCUUUCAGACCACCUAAUUUGCUCUGAUUAUUAAGUUGUUACUGCAGGCUGUAUUCCCAUGCCAGCAGUGGAUUGGCUAGAUAAUCAAGAUAGUUACAUCUUGAAACCUGUCAGAUGAAGAAAAGUGGAGAGAUUCAGCAUGGAAGGUGUUGAAGCACUUGAGAAACUCCAUCACAUUUAGAAAGGUCAACUUACUUACCCCUUUUUGUUGCCAAAAUCCUGAAAUGAUAUUUAAAUGUUUCAUGUCUAAUUUUGUAGUUUAAGGACAUUUUUUUAAGGACUAAUAGUAUGUGCAGAUUCAAACAGGUCAUGGUACCCUCUUGUUUUGGUGAACUAAUAGAAUGGCUGAUUGAUAUUUCAAACUUGCUCCAGACUAGAUAAAUCACUAGCAGCAAGAAAAAAAUUUCAAACUCAUUAAAAGAAAAGGUCAUGCGAUUGAAAAGUGGAAAUAUUCGUGAGCUGUUUGCUCAUCUAAAACAGUCAAAAUGUGCAGUCUUGACUUUUCAAGGGGCUAUCUUGCAUCAUAUCUGUAUAUAAAUUUAUAAUUCUCAUGCAGUCUAUGGGCUGACCACCAUCCCCGUAAAACAUGUGGGCUGAAUUAUAUAAUUUUAAGAAAUAAGCUUUAGUUUAGUAAUAUGGCCAAACCCUACCAAACUACUCUGAAAUUAUUAAGAAAAAGAAAAUAAAAAAAGUAUUGUUGUGGGAAUGGUAAGAUUGCUCCAUUAUAACCUGAGGGUCAUAUGUUUGAAACAUGGAAAUAGCUUCUUUGUGUAGGGGUAAGACUCAAAACACCAUAAGGCUGUAGCCUGUGCAUUGGGAUGCAUAGCUACUACUAACAAGAACUACUACUACUACCACUAUUACUACUAACAAAAAAAAAAUCUGGAUGAUUCGUAGUAAUUAUUGCAAUGCAUUGGGGGUGGUUGAAGGAUAAGUUGCUCCUCCAGCAUCAUCUGGACCCAAGGAACAUUUUGCAACUGAUCCACACCCCAGAGCAUUUCUUAAGUGAGAAGAGGGAGAUCUGGGACAUGACGUUAUGACUUUCUAAGUCAGCGGUAAAGUAUUUAGCCCCAGGGUUAAAGUUCAAGUUAAACAGCAGAUAAAGUCAGUUCUUCCAAUUCCAGAAUCAGAUGCAACCUGGACUUAUCUUGGAGCUCCUGCGUCUGGGAGGAAAUUACGAGCUGCUGAUGCUGAAUCUUUGCUUCAAAUUUUUUGUAGCAGGAUUGAAAGUUGGCAGUGGACUCCAUCUACAACGGGAAGGAUGGUAUCAUCGAAGUCUAUUCUUGCUGCUCUACCCACUCUCCUAAUAGCCAAUUCUUUAAUUCCUAUCUCAGUUUUAAAUAACAUUGAUUGGAAUAUCAGAAAUUCUAUAUAGGGUGGGUCAGCAGAUUCUAAUCACUUGAUUGCCCAGGAUACUCUAAUUCUCCAGAGAGAUUUUGGAGGGCUAGGAAUCCCUGAUCUUCAUUGCCCUGACACGAUGCUCUGCUCGGUAAACAAGCUUCCAGGGUGGUGUUGCGACCUAAUUGUCUAUGGUCAAGGCUGGUGAGAAGCAAGUAUGCUGUCUGAUAUAUUCAUGCCAUGUCCGAUCCUCGCAAGGCCUCUGCUGCAUGGAAAAAAUUAUAUGCAACUAUGCUACUACGAUCGAACGUCAUUUCAGAUGGGUGGUGGGGGAUGGUCGCUCCAUAUGUCCUUUUUGAUCCCUGGCUUUCAAGCUCCAGCUUAGCUACUUGGUCGACUCUUAUGUACAUUGACAUUCCCCAGCAUGUAAAAGUGACUGAUUCCAUAUCUCUGGAUGUAAUGUGGAGCAUGAGGUUAUUGACCAAUGAUGGCCUGCAGAUAUUGCAAACCCCAUUCCGGCGACGGGAUUGUUGUGGGGAGCUAGUGGUAUGAUUAAACCAUCAACUGCUUAAUUAUAUGAAAAUUCUAAGCCCCAGCCUGUUAAUGCAGUUGCCAACAUAUCAUGGAGUUUGGAAGUUGAAGGUGCAACCCAAGGUUUCUUUAUGUUUAUGGAAGGUCUGUUGGGGGAGGUUGUCGAACUAUUCUUAAUAGGAGGCUAUUUUAUAUUGUGGUUGAUGGUCAUCUCUGCCAUGAUGUUGAGGAAACGAUUGAUCAUGCCCUUGUGGCAUUGUUCAGUAGCCAAGGAAGUAUGUGCUCGAUCUUGUUUCUUCAGCAGUAACCAGAUGCAGGAGCUUACUAUGCAGCAUAUUUGGAACACAAUGAAUGAAGCUACAAAAAGGGAAGUUGUUAGAAGAAAGAAAAAGAUUAAUGGCCUCCAUCCUUCACUAAUUAUGGUGGACAAGGAAUGAAAGUGUUUUUCAAGGUCUUCCUCAAUCUCCCUCUCAAAUCCUAAUGAAAUCCUCAGCCUGCUCCUCUCAGUUUGGCGAUGCCCUUGCUGUUAAGGAUCAAAUAGAGACCGAGGAAACCUGGGGUUCUCCCCACUCCUAUUUUGGACCUGAACAGCUGCUUCAGGUCUCUUGGGAACCCCAACCCUUGGGACUAUUAAGGUCAAUUUUGAUAGGGAUGUCAAGAAGGUAGGUGCUUUUGAUGGAGCUGCUUUCAUUGUAAGAAAUCACAAUGGCAUUCUCUUAGCUGCUGGAGGAACAAAAACACUAAUAUAUGUAUAGCGGAAUUAAGGGCGGUAUGGUGGGGGAUACGCAAUGCCCGUAAAACCAUGAAAGCAAGGAAACUCUAGG